AUUGCGGAGAACAAUCACGCCAUCUUAAUUGUUUGGGAUCACUAGUGACACGUAUCAUUUUAAUUGUACAAUAUCUAGGCUUGUGGCAACUUGUGGCAUUCAUUUGCGGUUUUUAAAUAUGACGCCAUGCGGCAAAGGAAAUCAGCUGAUUUCACGGACAUGACUUAACCUGCCUUGCGUAAUUUCUUGUAAUUUCACCAAGUUUGUUAAUAUUUCAGUAAGCAUUGAGAAUAUUUAAUUGCAACGGAUUUUGCAUAAAAGAGAGCAGUACGUCAAUUUGAAAAAAUCUGGUCAAACAGUGAGCCUCAAAAGAAACUUUCUUUCAUUUCCGGAUCAUUAAUUUGAAUUGUAGGUAUAUCAAACGGUCAUUAAUUUCCGCGCCGAUAGUAUAGCUAUUUUUCUCACCGGAUAUUCCAUAACAAAUAAUCCACGUAUAAUUUAUUUGACUUCAUUUUUUCUCGGAAAUAAUCAAGGCCACUUUCUUUCUCAUUAUAUUUUUUCUACGUCGUAAAAUUUCUAUCGCAUCGCAUUCGAAACUAGAGGUUGGCUGUUCCUAAUAAUGACAACAAAUCGCGUUUACGAUCACCUCCGGAUUCCGCCGCACCUAUACGGUUAAUCGGCGGUCGAAUUCUCCACUUGACUCAGGUCACCGACGGUGUAACACAACAAGCAAAAACUCUUUGCUCUUGGACGGUCGAAUAUUGUUGACGUUAUUCAACGAUUUCUGUUCGAAUUCGCGUUCACAUUCCAUACUAUCAAUCUCAAAUACUGCUACUUCAUCCGCAAUUAUCGUGAUACAGCUUAAUACAUUGUCUGUGGGCAUCUUCAAAACUCAUGGAUAUAUCACCCCGAAAACCAUGCAAGCGGAUGCCAGAACCCGUCGACGAAUGGCUGCAUACUGAAGGAUAUUUCCGCAAGCAUGCACCAAGGGAUCCAACUUGCCUUUUCAGGGCUAUCAGUGAGCAGGUCUAUUUGACCCAGCAUUUUCACAUCAAAGUUAGAGAGGAAUGUGUCAGGUAUAUGAGGGACAACAAAAACCUUUUUGAAGAGAGCAUCAGCAUUCCGUUUGAGAGUUACUUGGAGCAGAUGUCAUAUUUUACUGAGUGGGGAGGAAUGCUUGAAAUUAAGGCAAUGUCGCUACUUUAUAAGAGAGAUGUUGUUAUGUUCAAUGGACAAAAGCUAACUCGGCAAUUGGUUACCAGUAACGGUUUCGAAAAGCUUAUUUACUUGUGUCAUAUACCACCAAAACAGUAUGAAACUAUCUACGCCAGAGAUUUCAUCUCUACUGCAGCUUUCUGCCAAUCUAUUGUAUACCAAACACUUUACAAAGAUGUUUUUCAAAUGGCUGAUGUAGACAACGCAGUCUUCAAAAUGCUUCAUGAACGAUCCAACAAUAUAUCCCACGAUAAAUUCUUUCUCAAGGAGAAUUUAGAAAUCAGAGAACAGCUUACAGUGGAACUUUUUAACAAGCUGGAAAAAAGUACCGAGGAAACUGAAGAAUCUCAGGUUGUGGCCAAAAGCAUCACACCUUUUCCUUACAGAAUAGCCAAAGCAUUAGAUCCCAACAUAUAUCGUAAUACUGAUUUUGACAUAUGGCACGAAAUAAGAAGAGAGAUAAGAAAUGCAGGUUGGAUGAAAUACAACAGUUCCGAACUUCAAGUGGGUGGCAAAUGUUUGGUUCAUAUGGAUACGAAAGAAGACGAACUUGACAAAACCAACAAUAAUUCCACCUAUAAUAUCAAUCUUGGCGAAAAAUCAAGUAAAGAUAACAAUGGAAAUGAUCAGAAGAGUACCAAAAAACCUGGGAAGAAAGACUCUGUGAUUUUCAGUGGUCACAUACAAGAAAUGAGCAAGAACGAAGGCCCCGUUGUUGUUUUCAUUGAAGAACUAGGCGAGAAAAAGACCGUACCUUAUUCUUCAUUGAAACCAAUUACACAAAAAAAAAACAAGCAACCGAGUUGGCCCCUUGCCAAUCAUAAAAAAAAUCCUAUCUACGAGACCGGUAGUCAGAAAUGGAAAAAAUCUUGGUAUGGAAACACUAAGAAGAUAAAAGAUUUGGCAAUCAACUUAAACUCUUUGACGACUAAACAAACUGACAAAAAUAAUAACAAAGUUCACGAGGAAGAAAAUACCCAGUGGGAAAAUGAAUCUGGACACAGCGAGGAUUCAUCUUCAUCAUAUAAGGCGUAUGCCAUGGAAGCACUCACCACAUAUCAGGGCUAUGCAGUAAAUACUUCCAUUGACGUUAUGCCAGUGUCAGUUAUACUCGAUGGACCUCGUUCAAAUAUAGGUGAAUCUUUGCAACCAGGUGUGACAAAAUCCGAUAACACUAAGAACUCUAAUCCAACCAAUAAUGGUGAUAAAGUAACCUCGACUAGUGAAGUCGCAGAAAAACAAAUCUCUGCUACAGCCCCAACUACCAUUACACCAGAAAUUGCUUCCCAUGGCUCUCAAAACUGUAACCGUAAUACACAAAACGAAGUCUACUAUCCAACUCAAGGGAAUAUUGCACAGUACCUUGGUGGAAGUGGAAAUAUUUACUAUCCAGCAGCAGAUUGCAACAUUAUACCUUCUCCCCAAUUUUAUAUUAGCAAUGGUACAUCGUAUUCUCCACCGGCCAUGGACUCCUUACGUCCCACUGCUCAAGUCAAUCAAGUGCUGCAGUCUGUAAAUACUUCUGUUUCAAAAAGUAUCGAGGUUAAUGGAAGUGACUUGCCACUCUCAGAUUUGGCAACUCUGAGGUUCUACUACAAUUUAGGAGUAGAAUAUUACCGGGCCAACUGUGGCUGGAUUGGAUGUGGAGCCAGUCAGGCAAUGACAUGUGGAACAUGUUACGUCUCACAAACUAACAUGCACAGUCAAUAUAAUAAUCUGAUGGGAAACCAUUUAACUGCCAAUGAAUCCUCAACAUUGAACGAAGAUGAUGUAUCCCACAUCACUCAAAACCUCCAACACAAGUUAGUGAUAUCUCAACAUCAGGGGGAACAAACCUGUUCAAAUCGUGACUAUCUGCCAAAUAAUGGGAAAGCACAUGGUAGAGCAAACUUGAAUAAUCACGGCUCUCAUAAGUCAAUAGUUCGAAACGAUUCUCAAUCUCUAUCAGAAAAUAGAGCUUCACCGCACACUAUACUAGUACAACAAUCCACACCGUAUAGCCCAAGCAAUGAGAAGCUAAAGGAACCAUCCACUCCCAACAACAAAGACAAUCAAAGGGCAAAUAGAAAUAGCCUUGCUCCACGUUUCAAGAAAAAUUUUGAUGGUCGUUAUCGAAAUUCUCGUCAACAGCAACAACCGUCACAGCAGCAACAUCACCACCAGCAACAAGAACAGACUUUCCAGCAUCCGCAAAGUGUUGGCAACGUCGACUUACCAGCUGCAAAGAACAUUUGUGUUCAGAAUCUGCAUAGCUCAGAAGGGCAGCAAAUUUCCCCCGCACACAACCUGGUUGCUCAUACCGGAAGUAACACUGUCUACCAAAAUCCUGUAAACCAGCUUCCCUUUUCGCAGCCACCAAUUUAUACGGCUGUUCCGUAUUAUUCCACUGAUGCCGAAUCCACAUUUCAAAAUCAGUUUUAUCCUACGAAUCAAAAUUUUUCUCUUCCUUACAUUCCUCAUUCAGACAUAAGUGACGGUAACAAUGUAAGUCACUUUCCACAAAGCAUAUACCCUGGAGGUGAGAACUAUGGACAACCCUAUCCUUUGUAUUCACAAUACAUGUAUCCCACGAGUAUGUAUCCCCCUAUUCCGACACAAAAUGCACCAGAGAAUUGGUACGCAAUGCCAGGACAAACUCAAACGAUGCCCUUACCACAUUACGUUCAGUAUUCUCCACCUCCUGCACCGGUGCCAGGUUCACCAAAUGGAACUCAGAGUUCUAAUUUAUCCCAAUAAUUCACAAUCUUUCACUUUAUCGAUUAAAAAAAUUCUGAAGCCAAAAAUACUGACCCUGAUAAGUGAAGUUAAUUCCGUUAAGGUUUUCCUGCAAGGAUUCUUUCAGACGUUUAUUGUUGCACAUGACUAAACGUUUUAUAUAAGAAACCAAAUUUUCCUUUAGUGUGAUACCAUUGUAGUUGCGAUCUCUGUGAACUGGAGUUUACGUUAAGUACAACGAUGAUAGUCUGAAAAAAUUAUUAGUAAAUGGACUUUCUUUCAAGUAACGAGUACUAGCGAUAAAGUCUGAUAUGGUAUUCAAUAAUUAACGCAAAGCUAAAAGUAAAAAAAUUUGAGAUGUUAUUUGUAGCGUCUUUAUGUCGGCAAUUUCAAACUAUAAUUAGAAAUCGUUGAUUACUACACAAAGAGUAUUUAUCUCCAGAAAAUAAUAUUUUUACUAUAAUCAUAAGAUUGAUCUGUGAUGAAUCUAUGACAAUUUUGUUGUAUUACCUAUAUUACACUGUUAUUUCUUCUGAAGUUAAUAUACCUACAAAAAUCUUUAUAGAUGUAAUUGACAACGAUUUAUAAGUGUCGUUUGAAUAGUUCAUAACUGAAAGAGAUGAGAGGCAAAAUUUUAAACAAAUACAGUGUAAACAUUCUGAAUAGAACUAUUCUUAAGAAAUUCAUACCUGUAGUCUUUUGGUUGCUUCAUGGAAUAGAACCAUAUAAUUAUAUAGCUGACACAUGGAAAGUAGAGCAGAAAUAUUCAGUUUCAAUGUAUGCUGUUGAAAUAGUUUGCAUUUACACCAGAUGUGUCUUCAACCUUUCAUGUCAUAAUGUAUUGCUGAUAAUUACAAAAUGACUAUGAUAUUUUUCUACUUUUACACCAUGACAUAUUUGACUAUGAUGUCUAUUCGUUCGGACUACGCUUGCCCAUUUCAUUGUGAUAUAGUUCAAAGCUUUGAGGCUCUCGGAAAUAUGUUUCUUAGAUACCCGUAAUAUUUGCCUUUCUUUUAGCAUCUAUUAAAAAUAAAAGUCUCUAUGACUUAUUAUAAAGAACAAUUUAGAAUCUGUAUUGAGUAAGCAAUAAAAAACAACAAUGUGUUAAAAAAAAUAGUAAUAGUAAUAAAAAUACUAAAUAGUUCUUUGAAAAAGGUAUAUUUUCGUUGGUACUACUCGCUACUAUACAUGUACUUUGAAAAAAUUUCUUUUCACUUUUAUUUACGUGACUGUUUAGUUUAUGCGUUUAAAAAAUAAUAUUGUUCAAACUUACCCUAAACUUGUGAUCGAAUAUCAGUAAAUAAACAUACAUUCAUUAUAUUUAAUAAACUAUCCAUUACUAAUUUAUAUCCCAUUAUGAUAACAAAUUCAGAUUAGACUCUAUACUAGUUGCUAAAUCAAUGAAGGUGGUCGAGACAUGUUAAACUCUCGAUUACUAAAGUAAUUUUGGAUAAAAGCAACAUAGUCAUUUUUAAAUAUGUAAUAACCGAAAUCAACAUAUAAUAAAAUUCUCUUCUGUACAGUACCAACUUCUUUGACAGUUUGCAGACAACACACAUGUCAAUCGUAAGACAAAAUACCAAUGUUCCAAAAAUAUAUUCAAGUGACUUUUCGAAUAUGUCUUACUAUUGGUGUUGCUCAGGUACUACAGAAUACUAUACUAUAGUUCAUAGGUGUCUGAAAACAAUACUUAAGUUGUGACCCAAGUUCUUGUCUACAAAUGUACUGUUUAUAAUUGUAUAUACAACACUCAUAUUUUUAUCAUCUUCCACGUGCAGAAUACUAAUCACUUUAAUCGAUACAGUGCUGGGCCUAAAUAUAAAAAAGAAUGCUGUGUUGUUAAAGAAAAAAUGUAA